AUGACCUUCUAUUUAUUAUUAAUUCUAUUAUUACUAUUAUACCAGCAUACGAAUGUCCAAGCAGGAAAUUCUGCUCUGUGUUUUUUAACAGAGAGACCAAGUUUUGAAACAAUUGAAUUUGCUCAAGAAUUGGCUCAAGAUGCAAUAGAAUAUGAUCUUGAUGUAUUUAUUAUGAUUGAUGAUAAUAAUUUUAAUAUAUCUACCAUAAAUAUUUUGUCUAAUGUUCGAUUAAUCCAAAUUUCAAAUCAAGAAUGUGUUCAUUAUGGUUAUCAAAAAACAAUUAGUUUAACAAGUACAUGGCGAGAAAUUACAUCAUGGGACAAAACUCUUCUCUAUUUUACUUUACUCAAUAACAAUUAUACAUUUGUUUGGUUAAUUGAAAAUGAUGUUUUUAUUCCGAGUGUCCAAGCAUUUCGUUCAUUACAUCAACUUUAUUCGAAUACUAGUGAUCUUAUUGUUCCACGUAAUGAAAUUAAUUUAUUAGGUAAUACAUCAACUUGGCUAUGGUCAAUGGAAGUUGGAAAACUUAUUCUACCUUGGUCUUGUUCAAUGGUUAAUGUAGUUGGAUUAAGUCGACGAAUGUUAAUAGCUAUUGCUGAUUAUGUUCAUUGGUUAGGCGAAGUACCAUUUCAUGAAUUUUUCUUCAAUACAUUAGCUAUGCAUUUAAACAUGACUGUAGUUACACCAACUGAAUUAAGUACUAUUGUCUAUCAAACAUUUUAUUCUUUAGAACAAAUAUUCAAACAACCAAAUAAUUUAUGGCAUCCAUUUAAAGAUCUUGCAAAACGAAAAUUAUGGCGUAAAAUGUUGGUUAAUGAAAGUUUAAAAAAUAAUAAUACCAUUCAAUUGAUUGAUUUAGAAGUCUUAUGUCAUAAUAAUCAAAGUAUGAGAAAUAUUGAACAAUAUUUAACAAAUUUACUUAUAAAAUUCGAGAAAUAUAAAAGUCAACUCUCAUCAGUUAUUCGUGUUUCAUUACGUCAAAAUUUUUGUAAUCUUGCUGAACAAUGUGAAAAACAAAAUGCUUCUAAAGAAGUAAUAUCAUUAAUAAAGAAACUUGCUGAUCAUGCUUAUAAGUUACCUGAACUUCCAGUAGAAAAAUUGAUAAUAACAAAAAGUAAACAUCAUUUAAAACUAGAACAAGCAUUGGAAGAAAAUAAAAAAACUAUUUUUCGAUUACUAUCAAAUUCUUCCACUGUAGUUGAACUUAGAAAGCAGACGAAUUAUUUAAUAAAAGAGUUAACAUUGGAAAUAAAACGAGAAUUCAAUGAACAACAAGAAUUUCAAAAUUACACUGAAGAAUCAUCAUUAUCUUUUUCUUUCGUUACUACUCCUAUUAGUACAGUUGGUUCAUCUGAUGUAAUUUUUUCUACUGAAAUGACAACUAUGAAGAUAAAUAAAAGAUUUUAUGUAUUAACAAUACAAAAUGAAAAUCGUAUACUUGAUUCUAUUGAUGAUAAUAUAAAAAUAUUGUUUUUAAUAUUUAGUUUUUGUACCUUAUUUAUUUUAUUCCAAUGGAAAAAAAUAUAA